AUUGGUGAACUGUUAUCUCACGAGGAUUCCAGGGCUGGGUAGGAUCGGACAGGGCACUCCCAUUGGCUCCUCAGUUAAAGCUGCCCUGGAGCCGGACAGGCCACUAGAAAAUUCACUUGCAUUUGCUUCCUGCUAGCCAUGGGUGAGCUGCCCUUUCUGAGUCCAGAGGGAGCCAGAGGGCCUCACAUCAACAGAGGGUCUCUGAGCUCCCUGGAGCAAGGUUCGGUCACGGGCACAGAGGCUCGGCACAGCUUAGGUGUCCUGCAUGUGUCCUACAGCGUCAGCAACCGUGUCGGGCCUUGGUGGAACAUCAAAUCAUGCCAGCAGAAGUGGGACAGGCAAAUCCUCAAAGAUGUCUCCUUGUACAUCGAGAGUGGCCAGAUUAUGUGCAUCUUAGGCAGCUCAGGCUCAGGGAAGACCACGCUGCUGGACGCCAUCUCCGGGAGGCUGCGGCGCACUGGGACCCUGGAAGGGGAGGUGUUUGUGAAUGGCUGCGAGCUGCGCAGGGACCAGUUCCAAGACUGCUUCUCCUACGUCCUGCAGAGCGACGUUUUUCUGAGCAGCCUCACUGUGCGCGAGACGUUGCGAUACACAGCGAUGCUGGCCCUCUGCCGCAGCUCCGCGGACUUCUACAACAAGAAGGUAGAGGCAGUCAUGACAGAGCUGAGCCUGAGCCACGUGGCGGACCAAAUGAUUGGCAGCUAUAAUUUUGGGGGAAUUUCCAGUGGCGAGCGGCGCCGAGUUUCCAUCGCAGCCCAACUCCUUCAGGACCCCAAGGUCAUGAUGCUAGAUGAGCCAACCACAGGACUGGACUGCAUGACUGCAAAUCAAAUUGUCCUUCUCUUGGCUGAGCUGGCUCGCAGGGACCGAAUUGUGAUUGUCACCAUCCACCAGCCUCGCUCUGAGCUCUUCCAACACUUCGACAAAAUUGCCAUCCUGACUUACGGAGAGUUGGUGUUCUGUGGCACCCCAGAGGAGAUGCUUGGCUUCUUCAAUAACUGUGGUUACCCCUGUCCUGAACAUUCCAAUCCCUUUGAUUUUUACAUGGACUUGACAUCAGUGGACACCCAAAGCAGAGAGCGGGAAAUAGAAACGUACAAGCGAGUACAGAUGCUGGAAUGUGCCUUCAAGGAAUCUGACAUCUAUCACAAAAUUCUGGAGAACAUUGAAAGAGCACGAUACCUGAAAACCUUACCCACGGUUCCUUUCAAAACAAAAGAUCCUCCUGGGAUGUUCGGCAAGCUUGGUGUCCUGCUGAGGCGAGUAACAAGAAACUUAAUGAGGAAUAAGCAGGCAGUGAUUAUGCGUCUCGUUCAGAAUCUGAUCAUGGGCCUCUUCCUCAUUUUCUACCUUCUCCGCGUCCAGAACAACACGCUAAAGGGCGCUGUGCAGGACCGCGUGGGGCUGCUCUAUCAGCUUGUGGGUGCCACCCCAUACACCGGCAUGCUCAAUGCUGUGAAUCUGUUUCCCAUGCUGAGAGCCGUCAGCGACCAGGAGAGUCAGGAUGGCCUGUAUCAUAAGUGGCAGAUGCUGCUCGCCUACGUGCUACACGUCCUCCCCUUCAGCGUCAUCGCCACGGUCAUUUUCAGCAGUGUGUGUUAUUGGACUCUGGGCUUGUAUCCUGAAGUUGCCAGAUUUGGAUAUUUCUCUGCUGCUCUUUUGGCCCCUCACUUAAUUGGAGAAUUUCUAACACUUGUGCUGCUUGGUAUAGUCCAAAACCCUAAUAUUGUCAACAGUAUAGUGGCUCUGCUCAGCAUCUCUGGGCUGCUUAUUGGAUCUGGAUUUAUCAGAAACAUACAAGAAAUGCCCAUUCCUUUAAAAAUCCUGGGUUAUUUUACAUUCCAAAAAUACUGUUGUGAGAUUCUCGUGGUCAAUGAGUUUUACGGCCUGAACUUCACUUGUGGUGGAUCCAACACCUCUAUGCUAAAUCACCCGAUGUGCGCCAUCACCCAAGGGGUCCAGUUCAUCGAGAAAACCUGCCCAGGUGCUACAUCCAGAUUCACGGCAAACUUCCUCAUCUUAUAUGGGUUUAUCCCAGCUCUGGUCAUCCUAGGAAUAGUGAUUUUUAAAGUCAGGGACUACCUGAUUAGCAGAUAGUUAAGAUGACAGGCAGGAAAGGGUUAAUGGGCAGGCACGCCCACUGUGGAGCACAGAGAAGUACUGUCUACAACCAUCAGGAUUCCAUCUGCGACCCUUGUGUCUGACCCUUGUGUCUAUCCGGAGCCCCAAGGGCAACGAGAACUCACAGCCCUCUGCUAUUCCAGCUUGUGGGGCAAUGUGGUGCUUGGACAUUGUGACUGAACUGGUCCAAUAAUGUAAAUAAUAAUAAUUCAUAAACCUACAGGACAUUAGCUUGACUAUGUGUUUUUUUUCUAGUCACAGAAAAAUAAACCCAUUUAAAAAUUAUGUUU